AUGCACACAGGUGAGAAGCCUCAUUCUUGUCAAACAUGUGGCAAAAGGUUCAGUUUUCACAGUUCUUUGUUUCGACACAUGACAGUUCACACAGGUGAGAAGCCGUAUUGUGAAACAUGUGGGAAAAGGUUCAGUCAGCAGCGUGAUUUGAAGGUCCACAAGAGAACUCACACAGGUGAGAAGCCUCAUUCUUGUGGAACAUGUGGCAAAACUUUCAGCCAACGGAGUGCUUUGUUGCGCCACAUUGAAACUCACACAGGUGAGAAGCCUCAUUCUUGUGAAACAUGUGGAAAAAGGUUCAGUCAGCAGCGUGAUUUGAAGGUCCACAAGAGAACUCACACAGGUGAGAAGCCUCAUUCUUGUGAAACAUGUGGCAAAAGUUUCAGUCGACGGAGUCAUUUGUUGGUCCACGUGAGAAUUCACACAGGUGAGAAGCCUCAUUCUUGUGAAACAUGUGGCAAAAGGUUCAGUCAGCAGCGUGAUUUGAGGGACCACAAGAGAACUCACACAGGUGAGAAGCCUCAUUCUUGUGAAACAUGUGGCAAAAGUUUCUGUCAACGGGGUCAUUUGUUGGUCCACAAGAGAAUUCACACAGGU